UGAAGCGCGGUUCUCUCAGGGACGCGGGGUCGGUUGUGGUCUUGAACGUCCCCGCAGUAAACCCCUCUGAAAGAGGCCGAAUAUGUGCGAGGCGGCGCUGCCAGCCAGCUGAGCGCUUAACGGCCGUGUGACGCACUCGACCACGGCUGGGCUCGCGCGUGCAGUCCGAGGAUUCAAAAGGUUCUGCGCGAGGCGAAGGCCCAACGGACGUCAACACACAACGGGCGAGUUUUUGUGUGGAAACAAGCGGUCAAACCCUGUUUUUAUAAAUACUUCACUCGACUGCGGGGACUGGAGUGUGUGAGAUGUGAGGGAUGGUUUGUGUGUAUGUGUAAGUGUCCUGUACCCAGCUGUCACUAUGAAUGGGGACAUGCCUCAUGUACCCAUCACUACACUUGCUGGAAUCGCUGGCCUCACUGACCUGCUGAACCAGCUGCCCCUGCCCUCCCCGUUGCCCGGGACGACCACUAAGAGUGUGUUGUUCAGUGGGUGGGUGGUGGAGGAGGUGAGCCGGCUGCUGUCCUGCAGGGAUGAAGGCCUGGCUCUUCAGCUCGCCAGCGCCCUCAACCAAGUCUCAACAGAACACAUAGAGCUGAAGGACAGUCUGAGUACUGAUGAUUUGGAGGGAGAUGUUCCAGUCCUAAUGCAGUUGCUACUGUCCAGAAACCCAAACAUCUUCACAGCCACGACUACAGCCACAACCACACCCACAACCCCUCAGUACAGCACCCAGUCUGGUUUAGCUCAACAGGCAAUGGCCCCACAGUACAAAAUCACCCAUAAUUCCACACAGGGCAGCCCUGUCUCCACUAACUACCAGCAGGGCUCUGUGUCUCACAGCCCGUCUGGGCACUUUGUAGCAGGUCCGGCAGGGUCUGGGGGUCGCUUUGUUCCCCCGCAGACGAGCCCUGUGCCCAGUCCCUACACACCUCAGAGUCCUGUCACAGCCUACAGACAGUACUCCCAUCCACCCACCUACAGCCAGCCCCAGCACCUGCAGCCAGGGUCUGUAGCAAGUCCCAUAAUGCCCAGUGUUAUGAGGAGCACCCAUGAGAGUAAGGGUCAGGAGCGGAGCUUCUUUGGCCCUGGGCGUGAACCUGGCCCCGGCCUGCUGCUAGGCUCCGUGGAGAAGCCCCGGGGCCUGGGGCCCAGCCCGGGCGAGAAGGCAGGUGUGUAUGACGCGCUGGGCUCCCCUUCUGGGGAGGUGGGCAAGGUGGCGGGGCGGGACGGGCAGGCCAGGCCGGCGGACAUGGACCUGGGUGGAGUGUUUCCCAGUUCUGACCCAGAAGGAGAGCUGGUGGAGGCUCUGGCUGCCAUAGAGAGGAUGGAGAGUGAGGCUGCCUUGGAAACAGACCGUAGCGCGAAAGAGGUGCAGGACAAAGAUAAGCCUUUAAAGAAGAGGAAACAAGACUCCCACCCCCAGGAGCCUGGUGCAGGGUGUGGUGGGGGCGUGGUUGGAGGUCUCCGACUGGCCCCAGCCAGUGCGGUGGGCGGAGCCGAAGAUGUCAGUGUUGCACACCAUUGGCCACAGGAGCCUCAAGAGGGCGUGACUCCCAAACCGCUCCAGCACCACCACUGCCAUGAUGACAGGCAUCCAGAAGCCCCCCGGCAGAAGCACAGGCCUGAGGGUCGCCACGCUGAUGGAGAAGGCAGCCCACGGCAUGCAGCUCAGUCCGCCAGCAAGCCUAGUGCCUUGCCCACCUAUGUCCUGGGGGAACACGUUGGGCCAGGAGCACUUCCACCAUAUAAGGAGCCCGAGGGGGCGGGGCACGUAGGCAUGGGCGACGGAGCUGUGCCCCAAGAUUGGAAGCAGCCACGCGUGUGCCUUGAGCGACUGGAAGCAGAGUCAGACAUGAAGAAGAGCGUGAAGCCAGUGGUGGUCCUACAGAAGCUCUCUGCAGACGAGGUGCAGCGGUUGACGAGGGAGAGAGACUCCCGCGCCAGCAAAUCCAACAAGAACAGACACGCCUCUGGGAGAUAUGGGAAAGGUGGGCUGGACCCGUCUGUGCUGAAGGAUCUUCCCCCUGAGCUGCUGGCAGAGAUCGAGUCCACCAUGCCACUGUGUGAGAGAGUGAAGGUGAACAAACGCACACGCAGCAGCGCUAAUGAGAGGCCACACUACGCAGAGGACAGCUCAGAUGAUCAGGACAUCACCGCUGACUUAGUGGCAUCUUUGUGUGUCCCAGUGAUGCGUAAGCGCCAUAAGAAGGACCGUGACCACACGUGGGAGUAUGAGGAGCGAGAUAGACGGAGCUCUGGGGAACAUCGGCGAGGAGUUCAUGAUGCUCGCAGGGGCUCAGGUGGUCGCUGGGACGACUCUGAGGACGACACACCCAGCCUAAGUGAUGUGGGACGGAACCUAAAGAAAAGGGAGAAACAGAAGAAGAGGAAAGCCUAUGAGCCCAAACUCACUGCUGAGGAAAUGAUGGACUCCUCCACCUUCAAGAGGUUCUGCAACAGUAUUGAGAGCAUACUAGAGAACCUGGAGGAAGGGGACUUUACAGCUCAAGAUGAUGAUGAGAUUCCACAGGAGCUGCUGUUAGGGAAACACCAGCUGAGUGAACUGUGCAGUGAGUCUGCUAAGAUAAAAGCUAUGGGCAUCACAGACAGGAUUCCCUCUGAGAAGCUGGUGAAGCUGUUGAAUAUCAUGGAGAGGAACAUUCUGGAUGGAUCCAGUCUGUCCACACUCAUGAAUCCUGGCAAUGAGGGUGAAGACGAAGAGCGCUUGUGGCGUGACCUCAUCAUGGAGCGUGUGACCAAGUCUGCGGAUGCGUGUCUCUCGGCACUGCACAUCAUGACGUCGCCUCACAUGCCCAAAGCUGUGUAUAUCGAGGACGUGAUUGAGAGGCUGCUUCAGUUCACAAAGUUCCACCUGCAGAACACAUUGUACCCUCAGUACGACCCUGUGUACCGCCUCGACCCUAAAGGAGGCUCCAUACUGAGCUCCAAGGUGAAGAGGGCCAGGUGCUGCACGGCUAAGCAGAGAGUGAUCGUUAUGCUCUAUAAUAAAGUGUGUGACGUGCUCAGCAACAUCUCUGAGCUACUCGACAUCCAGCUGCUGACUGAUACCACCAUACUUCAGGUCUCAUCCAUGGGAAUCACCCCUUUCUUUGUGGAGAAUGUCAGUGAGCUGCAGCUGUGUGCUAUUAGGCUGGUCACGGCGGUGUUUUCUCGCUAUGAGAAACACAGGCAGUUGAUCCUGGAAGAGAUCUUUACCUCUCUGGCCAGACUGCCGACCAGUAAACGCAGUCUCAGAAACUUCAGGCUGAACAGCAGUGAUGCUGAGGGAGAGCCAGUGUAUAUUCAGAUGGUGAGUGCUCUGGUGCUGCAGCUCAUCCAGUGUGUGGUGCACCUGCCCUUAGACAGCGACAACACAGAUGACGACCACAAGAAGGUGGAUGACGAUGUGUUCAUUACAAAUUCAUAUGAGACAGCCAGACGCACUGCUCAGAACUUCCUCUCUGUAUUCCUCAAAAAGUGUGGCAGUAAGCAGGGAGAGGAGGACUACAGACCACUGUUUGAGAACUUUGUUCAGGACCUGCUCUCUACAGUCAACAAGCCAGAAUGGCCCGCCUCUGAACUCCUGCUCAGCCUUCUGGGGAGACUGCUGGUGCAUCAGUUCAGUAAUAAGCAGACUGAGAUGGCUCUGAGGGUGGCAUCUCUGGACUACCUGGGUACUGUAGCAGCCCGGCUCAGGAAGGACUCUGUCACCAGCAACAUGGACCAGAAAGCCAUUGACCGCAUACUGCAACAGGCCUCAGGGAAGGAUGAGACCCAGCAACUGCAGAAAGCUCUGCUGGACUUUAUGGAUGAGAAUGCAGAGACUGAUCCUGCACUUACAUUUGCGCGGAGGUUCUACGUUGCGCAGUGGUUCCGGGACUGUACUGCAGACUGUGAGAAGGCCAUGCGCACCCAGAGCCACAAGGAAGAUGAGUUGGAAGGAACGCACCAUGCCAAAGAGCUGCAUGCCACACAAGACAUUCUGCACAGGGCUGAGGCCCGCAAAGCAUUCCUCCACUCCGUCAUCCAAUCCGCCCCCAACCAGUUUACAACGCUCAGGAUGAAUUGCAACACUGUGGACUAUCAGGACUCCUGUCUUAUUGUACGCUAUCUGGCUUCUACCAGACCCUUUUCACAGAGCUUUGACAUCUACCUGACCCAGAUCUUGAGGGUUCUGGGAGAGAGUGCGAUAGCAGUGAGGACCAAAGCCAUGAAGUGUCUGUCUGAGGUGGUGGCAGUGGACCCCAGCAUCCUGGCUAGGUCUGAUAUGCAGCGUGGGGUCCAUGGGAGGCUGAUGGAUAACUCCACCAGUGUGAGGGAGGCAGCAGUUGAACUGGUGGGCAGGUUUGUGCUCAAUCGGCCUCAGCUUAUUGAGCAGUACUACGACAUGCUCAUCGAGAGGAUACUGGACACUGGUAUCAGUGUACGUAAGCGUGUGAUUAAGAUUCUGAGGGAUAUCUGUCUGGAGCACCCAGGGUUCAGCAGGGUCACUGAGAUGUGUGUAAAGAUGAUCCGCAGAGUCAACGACGAGGAGGGAAUCAAGAAACUUGUGAAUGAGACGUUCCAGAAGCUGUGGUUUACUCCAACUCCCAGUCACGACAAGGAGACCAUGAACAGGAAGAUCACCAACAUCAGUGAUGUGGUGGCAGCCUGUCGGGACUCUGGUUAUGACUGGUUUGAGCAGCUCCUGCAGAAUUUGUUGAAAUCCGAAGAGGAAUCUUCGUACAAACCCACCAGGAAAGCUUGUAUGCAGCUAGUGGAUAAUUUAGUAGAGUAUAUCCUCAAAUAUGAGGCAGCUCUUACAGAGCACAAGAGUGUAAAUUCCACACGUUUAGUAGCCUGCAUUACCACUCUCUACCUGUUCAGCAAGAUCAGACCUCAACUGAUGAUCAGACAUGCCAUGACUAUGCAACCCUACCUCACCACCAAGUGCAGCUCUCAGAGUGACUUCAUGGUAAUCUGUAAUGUGGCUAAGAUCCUCGAACUGGUGAUUCCUCUGAUGGACCACCCAAGUGAGAACUUCCUCACCACUGUGGAGGAGGACCUGAUGAAACUCACCAUUAAAUACGGCAUGACGGUUGUGCAGCACUGUGUGAGCUGUUUGGGUGCAGUAGUGAAUAAGGUGACCCAUAACUAUAAGUUUGUGUGGGCGUGUUUUAACCGGUACUACGGUGCCCUGACCAAGCUGAAGGUGCAACACCAGGAGGGCAGAACUAGCCUGGGCGGAGUGACCCCCAACACCAACCCUGCCACUAAAGCAGCCCUGCUGCGUUCCCUCUUCACUGUGGGGGCGCUGUGCCGACACUUCGACUUCGACCUUGAGCACUUCAAGGGCCCCAGCAAGAUAGCAAUAAAAGAGAAGGUUCUGGAACUGCUGCUGUAUUUUACCAGUCAUGAAGACGAGGAGGUUCAGAGUAAAGCCAUCAUUGCACUGGGGUUCAUGUUUAUAAUGCACCCCAGUCAGAUGUUUGUGCUGGAGGUGAAGACUCUCUAUACUGGGUUGUUGGCUGACCUGAAGAGCUCUGUCACAUUGAAGAUACAGGUGCUUAAGAACCUGCAGAUCUACCUACAGGAGGAAGACUCACGCAUGCAGGAAGCUGACAGAGAGUGGCAGAAGCUGUCUAAAGCAGAGGACCUGAAGGAGAUGGGUGAUGUGUCAUCUGGAAUGAGCAGCUCCAUAAUGCAGCUGUACCUUAAGCAGGUGCUAGAGGCCUUUUUCCACACACAGUCCAGCGUCCGACACUUCGCUCUCAACGUCAUCGCCCUCACACUCAGCCAGGGGCUCAUACAUCCCGUACAGUGUGUGCCAUAUUUGAUCGCCAUGGGAACAGAUCCCGAACCCAGUAUGAGGAAUAAAGCUGAUCAGCAGCUGGUGGACAUCGACAAGAAGUACACGGGCUUCAUCCAUAUGAAGGCCGUGGCUGGGAUGAAGAUGGCGUUCCAGGUGCAGCAGGCCGUGAUGGGAGCGAGUUGUGCAGUGAUCCGUGGAUUCAGGAAGGAUGAGUCCCACACAGCCCUGUGUUCUCACCUCUACAGCAUGGUGCGCACCAACAGGACCCAGCGCAGAGCCCUCCUCAUCUCCCUGCUCAACCUGUUUGAUGACACCUCGAAGCUGGAGGUGAACGCUCAGCUGUUCUUGGCUGAUAACCUGGCCUACUUCCCCUAUCAGACUCAGGACGAGCCGCUCUUCAUCAUGCAUCACAUAGACAUCACACUGUCUGUGUCUGGCAGCAACCUGCUACAGACCUUUAAAGAGUCUUUAUUGAAGGCUCCGAAGCACACUAGGAGGAAGGGCCACCAGCGGGUGAGAGCUGAGGAAGAGGAGAGAGGUGGCACUGAUGAAGAGCAGACUGUGGGGGAAGCAGCAGAGCAGGAAGAGGAGGAUGAUGUGGGUGUAAGGAAGGCUAAGGAGACAGAGGUGUAUGCAGUCUCGGGGGCGGGGCCAGGAGCGGAAUCAGACUCCGACUCAGAGCUGGAGGAUGUGGAUGCGGUCAUGGAGCGUCUCCCUGAUGACUCAACACCCCUGCUGGACUUUGCUCGGGCAUCACAGGGGAUCCUGCUAUUGCUCGUCCUCAAACAGCACCUCAAAAACCUCUACGGCUUCUCUGACAGUAAAAUCCAGAAGUACUCUCCAUCCGAGUCAGCCAAAGUCUAUGACAAAGCCGUCAACAGGAAGUCCAGCAUCCACUUCAACCCUCGUCAGACCGUUGAUUUCUUGUCCAACAACAUGCUCAGUGAGCUCACCGAUGACCUAAAGAGAAAGAUCGUCAGGCAGUUCCUUGAUUUUAAGCUGUUGAUGGAACAUCUGGAUCCUGAUGAAGAGGAGGAGGAAGGUGAGACUGGCAUUGCUGUUCGGAACAAAGCCAUCUCGGCCCUGCUGGACGGGGCGGGUGGAGCAAGCCCACACGACCACCGCCCAGCCGCGUCAGACGAGGACAACAGUGAGGGAGACAAGCCACCAGGAGUGUCUCGACGUGGGAGGAAGGUGGGGGAGUGUGCGGACACUGUUCUGGCUAACACGAGUGAGUCUGUGAGUGCGCUGGAUAUCGUGGCCCUGCACUGCCCACGGUAUCACAUCCGGCCACAGCUGGCCCGCGUCCUGCAGCGCACGGACCAGGGCUACAACGUACGCUGGAUGGCUGGGUCCUACUCCAGCGCCUGGACUGAGGCACGCCGCAAGGAGGGACGCAAGCUCGUGCCCUGGGUGGACACCAUCCGCCACACAGACAUCAUCUACAAAAAGAUCACUCUCACCAGCGCCAGCAAGCUCAGCCACAGAGUGGCUCAAACGCUAAGAGCUCUGUACUCUAGCAAGGACAGGAACCCCAGUUAAUCUCUCACAAACACACUCACACAUACACACUCCUAAUCUACCCUUUUGAGACGCUCUUGAUCACUAAUGCUAGACUCAGCUUGGCAGUGCACUGAUGCUGGCCCUCUGAGGGUGUGCGUGGUCGUAACACUUGACUGAAAUGUUUGGAGAAACAUUUGUAAGGGUGCUUCUUCGCUGCUGUGCAGCACAACUCCUAUAUUCCUGUAUCAUAGUUUAACAGAAAAAUAUUGUUUAUAUCUAUUAAAAAAUUUAAAUAUUUACUGAAUGGAGAAGAAAAUUCGUUUAUUCAUGUUUUUACCUUUUUUUGUUAGCAACAGAUGGCUUUCUAUAGUUUGGCUCUUCCUUUAAAAGCAGAUAAUUCUUUUCUGUGGAACGGUUUAUUGGUUUUGUACGAUAACGGUGUGGCUGUAAUUUAUUGUGUAAAGCGUGCAGUAUGCGGUCCAGCCAGUGGCCAAGCACGUCUGCUGGAGGCCAAACCACAGGCCUCUGAUGGAACAAAUACUGCAAUAAAUUUUGUACUUCUCUUA